CGCAAUAGAAGGAAGCUGGUUCGCUGGCAGUUGAAGCUAGUCUGAAGAGGGAAGAGCCGCGGGAAAAAAAAAAAAAAAACGUUCAAGUAUGAGAAGAUACAGAAGAGACUGGUCUCGUGAAGACUCACGAAGAUACCAAGGAAGGAGGGACUAUUAUGAUGAUGAGCCACAAACCAGUUAUGGGUGCCGAGGGAGACGGACACGUGAGGAGGCAGUGACGCCGCCACCGCCGGAAAAACCAGCUUCGAGCUCCCUGAUGGCCUCGUCUGUGGAUUUUAAAACUCAUGUAGAUCAGGCAUGUAGAGCUGCUGAGGAAUUUGUCAAUAUUUACUAUGAGACAAUGGACAAAAGAAGACGGGCACUAACCAGGCUGUAUCUAGACAAGGCCACUUUAAUAUGGAAUGGAAAUGUUGUUACAGGGCUAGAAGCCCUAACCAAUUUCUUUGAUAUGUUGCCUUCUAGUGAGUUCCAGGUCAAUAUGUUAGAUUGCCAACCAGUUCAUGAGCAAGCUACUCAGGCCCAGACCACAGUUCUCGUUGUGACCAGUGGAACUGUGAAGUUUGAUGGAAACAAACAACACUACUUCAACCAGAACUUCCUGCUGACCGCCCAGUCUAAUCCUCAAAACACCGUGUGGAAGAUUGCAAGCGAUUGCUUUCGUUUCCAAGAUUGGGCUAGUACUUAAAGUCCAUUCUUCUUUGGUCCAUUAGUUCCAGCAACAGAAAUUUAUGUGAAGUAAUUCAUUUCAUUGUGGAAGCACUAGAAACUAGUAUGUGCCGAAACUGUGUUUCUUUAAUACUUUUUUUAUUCAUAGCAGCGCCUUUUCUAGCAGCUGCCAGUUUGGAUCGUUGCCCUUAAGAGCUUUAAUGCUAGUUUUUUACAUGCCUUAUAUGCAUUUCACUCAUGACAUUCUUACAGUUAUAUUGUACACAUGGUCUCUGUAUUAACAUACUCACUGUGAGCCCAGCCUAUUGCAAAAAUGAAAUUCUUUUAUAAUAUUAUCUAUGGGAUAUCAGCACAACAUAACUCUGUGGGAGAAAGCAGAGUUUUUCAUUGUUACUAGAUUAAGUUUUUAGUAAGACAUAGAGCUAUUGCCAGUAAAUGCUGGUAAUGCAGUUUUAGCCUAAGGCUUUUCCAAAUCAGUUCAGUGAAAGUAUUACUAAUAUAGGUUUGCAUAGCUGCCCUGAUGUACUAGCAUAUAGAGAUGUUCAGUCGUCUUUUUUUCACGUUAAGUAUUUGUUUUAUGUCAGCAUGUUUCCCUAUGGAGUGAAUUUAUUUACUAAAAUGUUCCCAGUUGAUACUUGAGCAUUAGAUAUACUCAGUGGUUUUCAAAGUAAAACUACUUAAAAAGAUUUUUUUGUGGCAGCUCCAAGUUUAUAACGUUAGGUACCGAAUGGUAUAGUAGGACUAAUAUAACUUUAAUGGGAGAAUGGGGAGUGAAAAAUGGAGAGAUCCAAGGUUGGCCAAAAGUUAAGAAGGGUGGCCAAAUGGUACAUUUUUGGUACUUGUUUUCUACCUCCUGAAAUCACCUGUUUUUAGGGUUUAAGUCAUAAAUUGUCCUUGCCAAAUGGUCCCGAGUGUCACUUUUGUUCUAAGAAUGAUUUUGAAAGGUUCUUCCAGUUCGCCUCAUACUUCCCACCAAUAUUUAUCUCAGAUGUAUUCAAGAACUUAUGGGGGUUAAAUGUCAGCAAUAAGCCUGACCCUGCAGGGUCUGACAAGAAAGUGGGAAACGAAGCCAUUGCUAUAUAUUUGGGACACUCUUACCUGCUAAGUCUUCCAUGUGAACUUCAGGCCAAACGUCUCCUGUGUAUUACCCACCCCCAAAGUAAGUGAUUUGUUCUCUGUGGUUUACACUGUCGUCUGCAUUUUUUUAUUACUUAUUUAAAGUUAAAGUUAUUUAAUUUGACGCGCUGUUCUUCUGUGAAGCAAAUGGAACUAUUUUUAAACAUGUUCCUGUUAUGUGGCUAGGUCUCUGUCUUUUUUAAAGAGAGAAAAGAGGAAGGCAGGUUUUCAUCAACUCCUAGGCUUCAAAAGAACAGAUUGAUUCAUGUUGCAUCUCGACAUCUAAAGAGAAAAGGCUAGUGUUGGGUUUUUGUUACACUUUAACAUUUUUUCCAUCCUUGUGUUUAUUGUUUCAGUGUUUUUAAGCUAAACCUGCCAGCUUCAUUUCUCCAUUGCAACUCAGAGUCCCUGUUUCUUACCACUUACUUUGAAAACCAGCAGUUCAUUUACUGUUGCCCCAAACUACACAUUUUACUUCUGAUAAUAGAACCAACUAGGAGAAGGAGGUGGAACAGAAAUUUAGACCACACUCCCUUGUGGUACUGAUCAAAGCUUACAUGGUAUAUUCUACUCAAAGUGAGCUUAUUCUAAUCUGGGGUUGGCUGUUUAACGCCUGUAGCAGCAAAAGCCAGUGCCCAAACACUGCCCUUUCCCUUGUAGAGAACAGUCUCAAUUAAAAGCUGCAUAUAACUAGCAAUAACUGAAUUGAGCAGUUAUACUGUAUUGUUUUACGAUUCCUAUAUACAUUGCUUUUUCCUUCUGUAUAACUUUUAAAUGGCUGGAACUACUCUUCUGUGGACUAAGACUGUAUUUUUGACAUGCACAUAUUUUUGUAACUUGAAAAAAUAAAAUAAAAUUUUCCUUGUGACAGGUUUUCUCAA